AUGGCAAUGGCCGUCGACAACCGCCAGCAGGUCCCUGGCCACCUCUCCUACGACCACAUGCGCUACCCCGCCGCACCGCAUUUCACCAACCCAUGGGUGUCUGCCGGUCCUGCGCCGAGCCACAUGUACGCUACCUCGUUGCCUCAACCUUCGAUGGUCAGCGAUCCCGGCGCACAUCACUUGGUGGCAAGAGCCCCCAGUGUCAGUGUGACCAUGCCCAUGCACUCGAGUGCCAUGCCGGCUCCUACUCUGGCUUCAGGUAUUGAUUCUUUGGAUGCUCUCUACGCGCAAUCCAGCUUACCAGGCCAAGACGGCCUCAGUGCUCCUCGUCCCUAUGGUUCGUCCUAUGUCACAUCGGCUCCCUCGUCUGGCGCCAUGUACGCCCCGACCUCUGCUCCUCAAUAUGCCCGCGAGUACCCUCAGACCUCUUCAUACGCCGCCUACAACCAGGACCGUCGCUCCUCGCACCCGUCAGUAGCUUCCGCCAGUUUCCUUGGAAACCCCGUGCUCGCUCAAAAGCACCGCCAGAGCAGCUUAAUUGACGUCAACAGACUGAAUGCCGCUCCCAAUGAGACAGAGCAGCGCAGCAGCUUCAGUGAUGCUCUUGAUGCCAGCCGAGGCAUGGUUGCCAUGAGCCAAGACAUCACUCCCAGAAACAUCUAUGGAAACCAGGGCUCCGCCAGAAGCUCAACCGACUCAUAUGGCUUCCCCUCUACACAUUCAGCCCACUCUUCCAUCUCAUCCUCCAGCACCUACCCUUCAUCAUACUAUGGAUCUGUCAGCGAGGCUUCAUACGGCGAUUACAGCUCGGCAAGCGAGUCCGUCGACACAUCAUCUCGCACAUUGCCCCGCCCUACUGCUCUGUCAGGGGGUGUUGCCAUGCCUCCUGCACCUCAAUCCAUGAUGGGUCAAUUCAGCUCAAAGGUCUCUUCGAGUUCUCAGAAGAAGCACAAGUGCAAGAUUUGCGAUAAGCGCUUCACUCGUCCCAGCUCUCUUCAAACCCACAUGUACAGCCACACUGGCGAGAAGCCAUUUGCAUGCGAUGUUGAGGGAUGUGGCCGCCAUUUCUCAGUCGUAUCCAACCUUAGACGCCACCGCAAGGUACACAAGGGCGAAGACUCGCACGCCUCGCCGGAUGACGAGUAA